UUGCAGCUAGAAGAUAAUAAAACUAGAAAUGGAGCCUUUAUAUGAGGAGUAUCUAGCAAAUAGCGGAACAAUAGUAAAACCUUACCACUGGCUUAACUUCUCUCUAGAUUGUUCUAAUUGCCCUUACCAUAUCCGAACAGGUGAAGAAGCAAGAGUGCCCCCCACAGAAUUUUCUCAGAUGUUUGGAUUCCCGUAUGGGCCAACGUGUUCUCAAACAAGACACCUCAUCUUUUAUGAACUAAAAACUUCUUCUGGUGGCCUGGUGCAAAAGGGCCAUGCAAGCAGUUGCACUGGGAGCCACAUUCAUCCAGAAUCAAUGCUAUUUGAGACAGAAGGUUACCUCGAUGCAGCCUUAGACAGUAAUGGCGCUAUCAGGCACAUCAUUCUGUAUUCUAACAACUCUCCUUGUAACGAAGCUAGCCACUGCUGCAUCAGCAAAAUGUACAAUUUCCUGAUGGUGUAUCCAGAUAUCACUCUUAGUAUUUACUUUUCUCAGUUCUAUCACACUGAGACGGAUUUUCCUGCCUCCGCGUGGAACCGCGAAGCUCUCCGGAGCCUGGCCAGCUUAUGGCCGCAGGUCACUCUGAGUCCAAUCAGUGGUGGGAUGUGGCAUUUUCUCCUCAAUGACUUUGUGAGUGGUGUCUCCGGACCGGCUGCUUUCCAGCCCAUUUUACCUGGAAGAGCCCUGGCAGACAGGUACAAUGCUUAUGAAAUCGGCGCCAUCACCGGGGUGAGGCCUUAUUACACAGAGGUUCUGCCACAGACGAAAGAGACUCCAAACAUCAAAGUUCAAUCCACUUCGGAGAGCUAUCCUUCAACCAAUAUCUUCCCAACACCAUCUUUCCAAGUGACAAGUGGACAUCUACAACCCCACUUGACACCAUGCCCCCGGAUCCCUGUCAUUUUCCUGCUGGUGCCUUUCAGAGAGCUCCCACCAAUCCAGGUGGGUCAGAACGUACGUAAGCCCAAGAAUGUAGUGAGGCACUUAAACAUGCUUCAGGAAGCCACGGACCUCACAAGGCCUCCCCCUGAAAGGCCAGUGGAUACAGUGGAGAUCACAGAACAAUUUGCAAGUGCCAAAGAGGCAGAUGAAAGAAGAAGAAAGGGAGAAAGUAAAACCUACAUCUCUAUGGCCAGAGACUGA